GAUUUUUGUGAAGAAAAAGUGUGCUAUUUAUAGGUGUUUUUCAACACCUUUGGCCGGGUACCCGACCGGGUCAAGUACUCACCCGACCGGGUCCAUGUCAAAAUCAAAUAUCCUCCACGUUCUGGCGAUCUUCAGCAUGUUAAAGUGUCCGGGUCAAGUCAGACCCGACCGGGUGGGGUAGGGGACCCGACCGGGUGAGUGCAAAAAUUGGAUAUUCUUCACGUUCGGGUGAUCUUUGCACACCGGGUUGUCCCCGGUCACUUCUCACCCGACUGGGUGAGGUAGUGGGCCCGACCGGGCCAUGCACUUUCUUUGCAUUUUCGUUUUUCACUUCUUACCCGACCGGGUCAAGUAUUAUACCCGGUCGGGUGUUUGCUCCUGGGCAGCCAAAUCUUCUUUUUCUUUACUUCAAAGUCUCCCUUUCCAAAACCACAAAUCCUAACUAAACUUUACAACUGACAAAUAAAGACUAAGAUACAAUUACAACUGAAAUCACAUAAAUGUUUAAAAACUAAAUAAAACGUCAAACAAUUAACAUAAAUCAAACAUAAAAACAUGUAAUUAUGCACUACUAAUUAGUGUGCAUCAAACACCCCCACACUUAAACCUUUACUCGUCUCGAGUAAAUCAAAUCAAAUCCAAGAAGUCCUAAAUGACAAGAGUAGCAGCACCAACAUCCACAAGUGUUUAUAACAAAUACAUAAAGUAUCUCCAAAACAAAAAGAGUAAAGAUGGGUCUUCAAUUUCAAUCCGAACUCUCAAUAGUAAUCGCCCUCAGGAUCCUGCAAAAUCAAAAGAAAUAACUUUCUCUCAUUCUCUCAUUUUGCCUAGGUGCCCUUUGAGGUUUUCAACCCAGCUUCCCACAUUUUUUUUAAUUUUUCUCAAAUCUCACAAACUCACUCUUAUUUUUGCUUUAUUUUUGCUUAAGCUGCCCUUUGUGGGUUUUCAACUCAACAAGCUUUCGUUUUUUUUUUGAGAUAACAAGAAUAAAGAGUGUGAAUGUGAACAUACCGGGAAGAUCUCUUCACCCCCACACUUAGGAUCUGAAACUGUCCCUAGUGUCCGCCUAGACCUCCACCUUGGUGUCCGUCCUCAUCCAUGUGAUCCCCGCCAUAACCACCAUCGUAGCCUCCACCACCGGAGCUCGAUCCUCCAAAGAAAUCCCACUGAGAGGGGUCAUACCAUGAUGGUGCAGGAGGUGGAGUGGUCAUAGAGGAAAAGGAGCCCUGGUGUGCUAUAUAUGAGUAUAUCGGACCAAAGGUUCUACGCUGAUCCUCCUCAGAUCUCCGUCUGUCUUCC